AUGACCAACCCAGCCUUAUACGUCGACUCAAACCUAACCUUCAGCGUCACUCACACCCAAAAACCCCCAUCCCCGGACACUGGCGAAAUUAUAAUCGAAACACACUUCUCCGGCGCCAAUCCCGCUGACAUCAAGCACGCCACGAUCCUGGGCAUCUAUCCUACCAUUCUGGGGUAUGAUUUCUGUGGGAAAGUCAUACAGACAGCGUCUGAUAACAGCCCCUUCCAACCCGGUGACAUCGUCGCCGGAUUCACGCCUACCGGUCUCGGUAGAAAAAGCAAAUAUGGUGCUCAUCAGCGGUAUCUGACUUGUCCCGAGGAUUUGGCGUUCAAUGUGCCGAGUAAUCUGCCAGAACAUCAUGCUGCGAGUUUGAGUGUGGUGGUUAUGACGGCUGCAGAUGCGUUGUAUAACUUUUUCGGGUUUCCGCUUCCAUCUCUGGAUGAGGAUGAGGGGAAGGGGGAAGGGAAAGUGGCUAGUCCACUUUUGAUCUGGGGUGCUUCGAGUAGCGUCGGGCUGGCUGCUGUGCAAUUUGCGAGAGUGAGCGGCGUGUAUCCGAUCUACGUGACUGCAUCGAGUGAACGGCAUGCACUAUUACGGGAGUUGGGUGCUACGCAGUGCUAUGAUUACAAGUCUCCGACUGUCGUUGAGGAGAUUAAGACAGCGCUGCGCGAGAGUAAACUAGAACUCAAACACGCCUUCGACGCGGUCGGAAGCAAUGAUUCCGCGAAACUCAUGGCAGACUGCACCUCCCCGUCAACCGACACAGUUCUCAUCUCCUCCGUAUUACAGGACGACCCCCGGUUCAAAAUGCCCUUCGCAGCGCCUGGUCAGGAUGUGACUGUCGAGCUACCCGGUGCUCCCGGUACCAUUACCAUCCCUGCGCGUCCGAAGGAUAACCAGCGCGCGCGGAAGGCGUUUCUCUGGGCUGUUGAGAAUUAUGGUGUGAAGUUUGAGAUGCCCGUGGUCAAGAUCUUUGAGGGCAGCGCGGAGGAGGCGUUGAAGGAAUUGAGGGAAUUGGCGGGUUUUGGGAGCGGGUUUGGGAAGGUUGUUUUGAGGCAUCCGUUGCGGUAA